CUCUUUUCAUAAAAAUUAUAAAGCAUGGGAGCAUAAUGUGUUUAACAUUUGCUGGGAUUCAUUCGUAUUUUAAACAGCUUCCCCUACAAUUGCCUGGUUGGCGCAGCCUAUGGGUUUCACUUUAUUAAAACGCGUUUUGUUAUUCUCUGCUAAGGCCACCGUACUGCGUUGUGUAUGACGUCACGAGCAAAAACAAGGACCACAAGCGAUGGCUAAAUGGCUAGCUCGGUUGAGCGGUUUGUAUAUAUGAAUUUGUUUAAGCCAAACAUUAGUUACGUGUGAAAACCAGUAAGUCAGUUGUCGACAGAUCGAAACGCGAGGCACGGCCAUGUUUUAUACAGUUCCGUUCUUGUGUAAGUCAACUAAUAUUGAUGGUUUGAUGCCGUUGAUGUUAGUUAGCAUACAGAUGCUAGGUUAAUGAGUCACAUUAGCUUUCUCGCUGACAGUUGCCAUGAACAGGCUCCACGACCACAAAUAGCACGUCAAGUCGCAGUAUUUGGUACAACCAAAUUAAACGUUAAAUGAAUAUCUUUGUGUCGCUCGUCUCCUUGAAUACGCACAACAACAAGUGGAUGUAACUGUGCAGCUGAAUGUAGUCUGCUCUGCGAUGAUGGUGUACAGCUUGAAUAACCCGUGGUAGCAUUUUCCUAGGAACAACAACAACUGGAGGCUUAUUCUUCAGUUCAGUUUUCCUAAACACACGGAGUUCACUUGUGUAACAGUUCACUUGACGCGGGACAUUUGACAGCUAUCACCAUGUCGGACCUGGACACACUCAUCGUCACCUUCCAGACCCAGCUCUCGGAUGUGAUGGAGACUGUGGUAAAGACAGCCAUGUAUGAGGUCACCAGGUUGGUUGAGGACGGCUUCUUGGAGGAGUUGAAGCGCAGGAACCAGGAGGUGGAGGCUCUGAGACUGCAGCUGCAAUGGGCUGAGAGGAAAUUAAGUGACCGAGGGGGGAAAGAAGGAGGAGGAAGAACCGGGAAAUGUGUUGACUGUGCCAAAGAUAAUGUUGAACUGUCCACUAAUGAUGCAGAACAGAGACUUGAAGAACCACAGGACGACCUUUCAAGGGACUGUGGUGUGAAAAAAGAGGGUGAUACUGUUGAAAGAUGGACAAGAGGCCACAGAGGUGAAAUGAAAUCAGAGUCAACACAGGAGGCCAUUCUCAGCCCAGAAGGGGAAUCACAGGCAAUGGAAAAAGAAGAUGUGAUGCCAGCUGUGGAUGUGAAAGAAGAAGUAAACAAGCUGUCAUGUUCUUCUGCGCAUGUGGGAGGGUGGAGCGUUACCCUUGAUGGUAAAACAGUUUCCCACAGCACUAGUGAGAUGAUGGAGGCACAUCCAAAACAGACUCAAGAAACCAGCGAAGGUGAGGAGUUACUGAGGAAUGUCGACCCACAGAUAUCGACUGCAUAUGUCUUUCCUGAGGACCAGGAGGACUCACACAUGGUUACAGAUGCAUCUUUCGAGAUGGACAACAGUUGGGCUGGCCUCACUCACACAACAGUUGGGUUGCUGCAUAAUCACAGACUUGGAACCGACAAGGACUGCGAUCCAGCCAAAACUCAAGGUUCUCUAAAGCAAACUGAACAUGAGCUGUCCGACUCUCUUACAGCAGAUGUUCAAAUUCAGCUUACCCCAGGCAGAGAUCAGAUUUCAUCCUCAGGACCCCGGAAGGCAAGUCUGCCAAACAGUGACCCUGUGAGUGUUUCUAUCAAGCAGGAGGUUAUUGUUGAUUCUGAUGGGUGUGAGGAUGGCCAGCAUAUAGAGAAGAAAACAGUGACAAAGUCAGGGAUGGCAUCUUUCCCAUGUUUGGCAAAGCGGCACAGGGUGAAUUCAGAAGCGCUCAAGCAGAACCACAGUUCCCAUAAAACCACAGUGCAGGAGGUUAUGAAGCUGCAUUCUAAAAUCGGUACAGGUGUCAGGUUGCAAGCUGCGAUACAGCACCUCCAUCGACCGAUGAAAAAGCCCUCUCACACACCCUCGAACGGUACCACCGCAGCACUGUCUGUAGCUCACUCUCAGGUUGUGAACUUAAAUCCCAUCAACAGAGUUCCCACCACAUCUAAAGCCGCUCCACCUCCCCCGCUUUCAGUUCAGCGAGUUCAACUGGGAGACAAACAAGCCGCAGCGCUUAACCGAACUGGUGCCACAUGGGUCAGCAUCAAAUCCCAACAUCAGUCUGCAAACUCCCACCACGCAAACCCCUUACCCCAUCCAGACUCUCACCCUAACCCUGGCCACAGGCACCCACUGCGCUGUGGGCAGUGUGGGAAAUGCUUCCCCCACCCCAGCAACCUGAAGGCCCACUUGCAGACUCACACAGGCGAACGGCCUUUCUGUUGUUCUCUCUGUGGCCGCAGCUUCACCAAGCUGAGCAACCUCAAGGCCCACCGGCGGGUCCACACUGGAGAGAGACCAUACUGCUGCUUGGCCUGUGGCAAACGCUUCACCCAGAAAUGUAACCUGAAACGUCACCAGAGGAUCCACCUAGAUGUAUGAUAAUGGACAGCCAGUGAUGAAAAGACAAAUUUGGUGUGUGCGUGUGUGCGUGUGUGUGUGCGUGUGUGUGUGUGUGUGUGUGUUUCUUUUACAUUAAGAUGCUACAGUGUCUCCUUUGCAAUGUAAUACAGUUGUUGUGAUGCAUUGCAAAGCUGCUUCUUGUGUACUUGUCUCUUGAAGUGAUUGUUCGAAGUUUUUCUGUGCAUUCCAGAAAGGUUUAUAUACUAAACCUUUUAUCUGAAGGUGUUCUAGUGUUAUUAAAGGAUGAAAAUCAGUGUGUUGUGAAAUGUAUUAUGCACAAAACAGGUAAAUUGUCACUUUUGGUCAAUAAAAGAUGAUUUAUUCUGUGAA